AUGCCGGAGCGAAGAAAGGUGAGGAACGAGGCUAUCAAGUACGAGAGACAGGCCAAGGCGCAGAUGGGAUUAAAAUCUUUGACGUCGAGGAGUAAUAAGAAGCGUGGGUAUGAUCGGGAGAAGGGGUCAUUGUCGCCAUUGAUUUGUGGUUGGAGCGACACUGCGCCUUCUUCGAGACAGUCCUCUUUCUCGCCUUCACAUCAUCCUACUACGGGAGGGAAGACUAUUAGUCUAGAGUAUUAUAAUCGGCUCAAACGAUCGAGGGUCGCGGAGGAGGACGGCGACACGGAUGAUGAAGACGGACAGGAUGGAGAUGAGGAUAUCGGAUCGAAUUCGGAGGAAGCAGAACAAAAGACAUACGGCGGCAAGACCAUCAAACAGGGUGAUGCGUCUCAAGUCAGUCAGUAUGACGUUAAGAAUGUCCUUUGGGUGGUGAAGGAAAAAACAUCACUGGCGGAAACGAAGAGCAGUGAUGAAAGUGAUGAUACGGAGAGCAGCAGUAACACUGAUUCUGAGGUUGAAAAUGGAGACGAAAAAGGGAAUAGACAUGGAAGUGCUGAGGCUCGAAUUGGCAUUGAGGAUAACAGUGGCAACGCUAUGAAAGGUGCGAAGGAGAUGAAAAAGAAUCUUAGUCAGAGUAUUAGUGAUACUGAUUCUGAGGUUGAAAAUGACAAUGAGGACGUGGUUAGCAGUGGCAAUGCUCCUACGGAGGAUGGGAAUGAAGAUGGAAAUGGCGAUGAACAUCACGAUGAGAAACCGGAUGGCAGUGGCAAUGCUGAGACUGGCAAAGACGGAGGAAAAGAAAACUAG